AUGGCCUCUUCGCUGCGCUCGCUGCUCCUGCUGGCCGCCUUGGCCCUGGCUAUGAGCUCCGUGGUCUGCGCGAGAUCGGGCUUGAAGGAGUACGGACACCCGCUCCCAAAGCCCGCGCAAACGCCCAAGAUCGACCCCAACGAGGAGCUGUUAGUGCAGCGGUUGUUAAACUUCACCAUGCUCAAGUACAACGUGAUGAGCAAUGAGACGCACCUGCGCCGCCCCGUGAGGCUACUGAGCACUCGCAAAGAGAACGUGGCUGCGACAAACUACUAUUUGGAGGUGGAGAUCGGCAAAACCACAUGUACCAGGGAUGAGGUGAAGAAGUAUGGAUGGUUCACAUGUCCCUUCGAUGAAAAGAAGGAGAGGAUGAAGUGUCUUCAAGGCGUGGCCUCAGCCAUGUUGUCUGAUCAAGGACACCUUUGA